GGUACGUCACCGAGACAUUACGGCGAAGCACAGUCGACGCGACGUCGUCCUUUGGAAUUUUACAAUCAUAACAUCUGGACCCUGCUUGCAAUAACAUCCACCAGAAGAGGAAGACAACAACAUCUGGCCAGAUAAUCGCAUACCACGAUGCCAAACUGGGGAGGAGGCAACAAGUGCACGGCAUGCCACGGCACGGUGUACCACGCCGAGGAGGUGCAGUGCGACGGCCAGAGCUUCCAUAAGGGCUGCUUUCUCUGCAUGGUGUGCAGGAAAGGCCUGGACAGCACCACAGUGAGCAUCCACGACCAAGAGAUCUACUGCAGGUCCUGCUACGGCAAGAAGUACGGUCCAAAAGGCUACGGCUACGGCCAAGGGGCCGGCACCCUAAACAUGGACCGAGGGGAGCGCCUGGGGAUCAAACCGGAGCAGUCGCAGUCUCACAGGCCCACCACCAACCCCAACCCGUCCAAAUUCGCCCAAAAAUUUGGAGGAUCGGAAAAAUGCGCUCGCUGUGGCGACUCCGUGUACGCCGCAGAGAAGAUUAUGGGCGCGGGCAAGCCAUGGCACAAGAACUGCUUCCGCUGUGCCAAGUGCGGCAAGAGCCUGGAGUCGACCACCCAGACGGACAACGAAGGUGAAAUCUACUGCAAAGCUUGCUAUGCCAAGAACUUUGGCCCGAAAGGAUUCGGCUUCGGCCAAGGAGCGGGGGCACUGGUCCACGCCGAGUGACAACAUUGUUGCAAUUCCUCGCCGCUUUUUUUUUUUUUUGCUUUUAAUCCUUCUCAAAUAAAACAGUACACCCCAUCCACAUAAAACUUCACAUUUGACUGUCUUUUAUUAUUAAAGCCAUUAAAACUGAACCAUGCCCAUGUUUUACAUCUGAAGCGGAGUUAAAGUGAUGUGGGCAGAGAGAGAGAGCGAGAGGCACUGGAAAUGAUAUCCUAUUUUCCUGUGUAUGUAUUUUAUAAUAUAUAUGUGCUGUAUGUCCCCAGAACACAACUGACCUUUUUUUUUGUGGAAAGAAUUCGCAAAACGGGGCUGCUUUUGGUGUGUUGAUAGGCUAAGAAAAAUAAAACAAAAAAAAAAACACCAGGCCCAUCUCACAUGAUCACAUUUCUGCUGUUAGGAAAAGAAAA